UAAACUGUCAGUGUUACCCAUCUAGUAAAACUUUUACAUCGUCGAAGCUGAAUUUUAAUUUAGGUUAAAACACAAUUCCAAAUAUUCACUAAUUCCAUAAAAUGAAUGGAUUAUCCUUGCGAGUAUCAUCCAUUAGAGCUAAUGAAGGUGUGAAGAAGAAUUCUGAGAUGCGAAUGGAUUUACUAAAAGUGCCUUCCUCCUGCUUUUGUGAAUCUAAAGAUAAUAAAUUUCUUUUGAAUUUAUCGGACGCUUCGUCUGUUGACGAACAAAUACGAAUAUUGAGAGAGUAUUCAGUUUUUGUUUCAGAACUGGAGAAAUCUCUUUUAUCAAAUAUUCAGACAUUGGCAGAUUUAUUUAUUGAAGCACCUCUAAAACAUGCUGCAAAGAAUACAAUUACAAAGUUUUUAACACAAAUAACCAUUGGUAGGGAAUUUGUAGUAUUGGGACUUUCUAAUUCCAUUGUGAGUAGAAUUCAAAAUUUCGAAAGACAACCAAACCACACUCUAGCGAAUAGGAACGCCCUAAUCAACAGUAUAGGGAGCUGUUUUGAAAAUUUUAAAGUUGGUGUUGACGCGAUUCGCAACUGUUUGAACGAUAAUCUUUUGUUUUUCAACAAAUCCUUAAUGUUGUAUACGGAGCAACUAAGCCAAAACAUUUCCCCGUCAGAUAAGAGUGAAAUUAGUUUGUUCAUUCAUACAACAGUACGUGUCGUGAUAUCGUGCUUCAACCAAUUUUCGAACAUAAUAAGAAGUACAUACGAAGGUGAAAAAAAUGUAGAAAAAGUUAUCAUAAUUUGUUGGGAUUUGCUAGAGAAUCCGGAGAUUCCAAUAGACACAAAAAUUAACUGUGGAAUAUUGAUAACCAUGAAUGCAAAUAUGGAAGGACGGUACCUGCGACUAACGGAACGUAUUUUCUCUGAAGAAAAUUCUACAAAGAAAUUGUGUUUAGUAAAUGGAGUGAUAUGUACAAUAGAAUCUGAGUUUUUUAAAGAACCAAAUUUCAAAGGUUUCAGUAUAUUUUCUAACAUUGCAAAUAUUUUAAAGGAGAUUUCUGAGGAAAAUUCCAUAGAGCCCAGCAUUGUUUUAGGUGUGACGCGAAGUUUUUCCCAAAUGACCAAAAAGCUACUAUCCCUUCAAAUAGAUGAGUAUUUAAAACAAGAGCGCAGGGAUCUAGUAGAGAUAUUGGCCGUAAACUUAGGAUAUUCUUUAUCCCAUUUAGAUCAUUACAUGGACAGCGUGCGACAUUUAUGCAAAGAGCUGUUGAAAUCAACAAUUCAACUAGGAGUUAAAGUAAACGAGCAGCUAAAUCACAUAAUCUACGAUUAUAUCAGAAAUGUGAAUAUUAACAUCAAUACAAAGUGUAUCCUGAUAAGUGCUAUUUGUUCCAUUGUUAAGGCAAAGGCUGUUUUACAAGCUGUACCAAAUGUAAUAGAUUUUCUACUCAAAUCGUUAAUAGUGGAAGAUUAUGGCAACGUUAAUUUACACAUCAACAAUUGCUAUGAAUCACUGAUGAUGUCCUAUGGUUACGACGAUAAUAGGCAAGAAUGGUUCAGCAAAUGGAUAAGUCCGAUAUUGAUCGAAAUCAUGAAAAACAAUGACAAAGUUGAAAUAAAGCAGACCCUUUUUGAUUUGAUUCGCAAAGCAAUCAAAGCCUUUCCUGAAAUAGCUAUUUGUAUGAUCGAUUCGAAAAAUACAGCCAAUUUUGGACUUAUAUUAACAUCACUUGGAAUAGCGAAAAAAAGCGGACUCUUUGAUAAGAUUGAAUCAAACGCGUUGAAAUGGAAAAAUCUUUUGCCUUACGGAGAUAUCAGAUUAGCAAUGAUAUCAGCAGAUGAUUCAACACGAAUGUCUGCGUUUUACUUAUUAACGGAAUGUCACAAAAGCACGGAAUUAUUUACCAAGGAGGAUUUGGAUUGCGUUCUCUUCUUUUUGGAAAACAAUAUCAAUGUCCACGCACCAUCUCUAAGGCAGAAAAUCACAUGUUAUAUGAAAAACGCAUUAAGUCGAUUGAAGUCUGGUUUUCUGAGUAUAAUCAAGAAAUCAGAUACUGAUGGUAAAAGUCAUUAUUACUAUGAUUUUGUCAAGAGGUUGCACGACUUCUGUAUAAAUAAUUUGUUUGUUGGUGCCAACUACAGCAGAAGAACCAUUUCGUUGCAAAUAUUGAUACAGUUAUUACAAAUCGCUAGCUACAUAUUUUAUGAUGAUCAAAGUUCUAAUAUGUGGAACGAACAGCAAAUCCAAACUUUGCUCAAAGCUCUGAAUGACAGUUAUGAGACGAAUAAGGUACACUGUAUGAGUGUGUUGCUGCACUGCCCCAAAUUCUAUUUUGAAAAAUGUGACCAACUAAUAAACUAUGAAAUCGUCAAAAUGCUGAUGACAAGCAUUAAACCAAAUGAUACCUUAUCGGCAGCAUAUUAUUUAGAAUAUCUUUGUUUUAUAAACACUUAUAUAGAAGCACCAAAUGUUUGCCAAGAACCAUUCUCCAUCAUUCAAACAAAGGUUUUUAAAACUCUAGUAUGGUGCGAGCGAAUUCUUCAACAUGGAUUACACAUUGCUCAAAUAUCUUUGUUGCGGGCGGCUCGCGAAAAUCCAAUAUUUGGUUCACUUACAUGCAUACGACACUUAUUAAAUAAAGUUGACCUUAAAGAAAUUGCAAAAUGUGAACUGUGGAUAGCGUUUGUGUCCAAUCUCGUGCUGACUUGCCGGCAAUUGACAAAAAUUGUCUCAGUAGUUGUUAACAACUCUUCGCCAGAAGGCCACUUACCUAAUGAUUUUUCCGAAAUCGAAACAUACAGUUUGGAAGACGAGGACGUCGAAAUGCAUUCGGGGGAUGAAGGUGUUAAUGAUGAUAAAAAUUCAGAUUUCAAGACGACUCCUCAAAUGGUAUUACUUUGUUCCUGGCGAACUAUAAAAGAAAUAUCUCUUAUUCUUGGAGAUAUCGUUUUUAAAACUCCCAUAAGCAAGGGUCUAAAAAGUGUCGUUAAUGAAAACGAUGAUGACCAAAACCGAUUAAUAAGUAGUGACUUAAUAAUCGAAAUCGGUUCUUAUUUUACCGAACUUUUGGCAGAAACCAAGCAUCGAGGAGCCUUCGAGCAGGCUUAUGUAGGCUUUUCUAAACUUUGCAUUCGAUUGUGGGGUUCACAAUACGAUGACCAGCAUCAACUGCCUAUGAAGUGGCUACAAGAAAUGAUUACCAUUAUUGAUAGUGACAGUUGCAAUGAAAACUGCGAUACCGAAACCAAAGCAGUUAAAAUAUGCUCAACCAGAAGAAGUGCAGGCAUUCCAUAUAUGAUGCAAGCCAUAAUCACGUCAGAACUUCAAGUGAGUUCGUCCAAAGGACUUCAAUUUUCUAUGAGAAAACUUCUUGAACUUUGUCGAACUGCGGGUACAGCACAAACCCGAACACACUCGUUGAAUAUUCUACGAGCCUUGUUUCGAUCGACUGAAUUAGGUGACUCAAUAGGAGAAUUCGUCUCAGAUGGAAUAGAGUGCGCAAUAAACGGUUACGACGCAGAAUCUUGGUCGGAACGUAAUUCCUCAACUCUGUUAUUUUCGGCAUUGAUGAUUCGAGUAUUUGGCGUACACCGAACAAAGGAUUCCGAAAACCUUAAUAUUAGAAAUAAAAUGACUGGAAGGAUAUUUUUUUUAAGGUACCCGCAGUUAUAUGAUUUUUUCAUAACGGAAUUAGAAAAGGCCAGUCAGAUAAUCAUAAAUGGUUCACGAAGCAAAAAGUUGCACCCACUGCUAUUAUUGCUAAGUAGACUCUAUCCCUCAGCACUUGAGGGAAGUGAAUCUAAUCUAAAGUUAUCCCGAUUUGUUCCGAUUGUAUCGAUUUGCUCAGGAUGUGCAGAACUUCAAACACGGUAUCUUGCUGCUAAGUUCAUUGCAAUUAUUGUUUCACCGGAUCUGGUUUUCGAUAGAAUAUUUUUACUCCUCGAAAGUUUAAACCGAUCCAAUAACAAAAGUAUUAAUCCAAACUCGCUUCACGGGGCUCUGCUACAAAUUUUGUAUCUAGUUAAAACGCGAACAUUAGACGUAGUGGCGGAAUCGAGCAACCAACUUAAUAAUUGGAUUGAACUGUAUACAGCCAUUUCAAAUUAUUUGUUCGAGGUACAAUCUAAUUUUGUGCUCUAUGGUGCCAUAAUUGACAUACUGAUUGAAAUUUUGGCAAGAUGCCAGAACAUUAUUUUCGCAGAAGACGAUCAAUUUUUGGAUGACCUUAGUAAUAUAGUAGAUUAUUUGUCCAAUUUGACUAAACAGAAGCCAUUUUAUGGAAGUGAGUUGAUCAUGAGAAAAAUUGUUUUAAUCAAAAUAGUAAUGUACAUGUACAACAAUGAAGAAAACACGCCAAAAGAUUGCUUCUUGUGCCAAAUCAAUCCUGACAUGUACAGUUAUGAUUACUUGGAAUCAGUAAUGAAUUUGAUUCUGCUUAUUCUUGAUUUUGAUGUAUUCUCAACAAAUUCAGAUCAGUUCGAAAUAGACCAGAUGUUUUUAUUUUUCAUUCGUCAGCUGAAUGAUAGCAAACGUGCUAAGAUCAAAUCUUUACGAACCGAGUUCACGAAAUCUUCAAAAUUUCACUGUUACUUGAAAGCAAUCAUCGAUCGGAAUAUAUACUAUAACUGUACCGUGAAAGCUUAUACAAUCUUAAGCUUCAGUAUAUUGGGCGUUCAGACACUGAUGUCUAAUAAGAGCAGUAGUAACUGCGAAAUGCUGAAUACGUUGUUUAAAACUGCUAUCUCCAGGCCUAAUCAGCUAAGAACUAGCAUUUAUAGGUGUGUCAAAUGUAUAUACUAUGUUGAAAUGAAAAUUCCAGAGAGUGUACUCGAAAUAGACAUCCUGCCAACAAUGGCAUCAUCCGUUCAAUGUUGUGAUGUCAGGGGAACUACUGUAGAUAUCAUGAAAAUCAUUUCAAGAAGAUUCUUAGAAACCAAAUCUUUUGGAUUCUAUUUAAACUUCAGUCGAACGCUACUCAUGCUUCUUAGAGAUGACGAUGCGGACAUAAGAAACGAAGCAUCAUCCAUUGUAACUAAAUUAUACAAUUUUUCUGAAAAGUUGAAAAUUCCAAAUCAUUUGGCAUCGUACGCACAAAAAAUUUAUUUGGAAGUACUAUCUAAAGCAAUGCUAUCGCAGAAAUUCACUGUUUGUCACAUUUUGGCUAUGCUUUUGGUGAUAAUGGCGUGUGAAAUAAACGAAGAAGACGGCAAUGAAUGUUUUACAGAUGAUUCAGAGUUUCGUGUGUUUGAUAAAAGUGAGGUUAAUAUUUUCGGCGAGCCUCUCUUGCUAAUUGAUCACUGUAAAGUGGAAAUCCAAAACCUUAUUAAUCGCCACGAGGUGAACAUAGUAUUGAAUGCAGAUAAAAUAAUAAUGAUAGCUGAAAAACAUUGUAAAUUCAAAAGCGCAUUAUCAGCGUGUUUAGUCGAAGCACAAAAACCUGCCAAACUAGUAGAUAUAAUACAUAUUAAGCAGUCAUUGUAAUUUCUACCAUACGCAAUAUUAUUGAAAUCACAAAGUUCUGUUUGUACGCAAAA